AUGGUGAAGGUCGCGACGGCGAGGGAGGCGCGGCUGUACGGGCCGGCACUGGCAGUGCGCCGGUGGGAGUACAUCAACGUCGGCGCGUACAUGUUCGGGACCCUGCUCCUGGCCGCGGGGCUCGCGGCGCUGUGCGCGUCCGAGGACGGUAUUGGCCCCAGGGACACCGGGCUCGCCGUGGCCGGCGUGGCGCUGGCCGUGGUGGCGGUCGUGAACGCGCACGACCUGGGGGCGCACCUCCAACAGCACCUUGCCGGCGUGGACUGUCACGUGGGCCUCGCCCGGUUCGACCCCCAGCUCGGCCUCAUCGAGCUCCUCGCCCCCGCGCUCCACGCCGCCGGCUGCGUCCUCGCCAUCGUCGGCCUCGCACUGCAGCUCUUCUCCAAGGGCGACAGGUUAGAGAGGCGCGCGGCCGACGCCCUACUCUCCAGCGCGGUGCUCUGGAUCCUGGGCUCGGUGCUCAGCUCGUGCCAAAUGUACGAGCGCGCCGACGGCCGCGCGCAGCUGCUUCAGUCCAGCGUGCAGGUCCACGUCCUCCUCGGCAACCUGCUCUUCCUCGUCGCGGCCGUCCUCCACCGCCGCGGUGAGCCCACCCUGCCAGGCGAGAGCGAGAGGUGGAUUACCCUGUGCGGGAGCGUGAUGUGGGUGGCGGGUGCACUGUUCAACGUGCUCAAGGUGUUCGUGAUGCACCAGAGCGACGCGCCGCGGCUGGAGAAGCUCCGCGGCGGCGCACAGGAGCGGCUCGCCCGGGACCGUGAGGGUCGCGUGCCGCUUGUCUGGAGGUCAGCGGCGCCGCCAACCGAGCUGCACUGA